GUCCACCAUGUGUUGCCGUAGUUAUUGUUAACCGGACGGUUGGCUGUGUUUUAGCAGAACCGCGGUUGUCUGCUGAGAGAAAUUAAUGGAAUAAACAGAGGAAAAAAGAAGCUCAGCAGCCAUGAGUGACAUUCGCCAUGCUUUGCUGCGGCGCGACCCGCUGAGCGCGGCGAAGGAGGUGCUCUACCAUCUGGACAUAUCACUGGGCAGUGCCCUGCAGAGCGCCCCGGGACCCACACCGGGACUGGACAAGAGUACCGUGGAUCUGGUGGAAGAGUUCAUCUUCCAGGUGUCCAAAGACAGGAGUGUACAGCGAAAGAGAAUGAGCUGUGUUCAGGAGCUGCAACUCCUGGAGAUUAUGUGCAGCUACUUCCAAGAGCAGAGCAAAGAUGCCAUCCGGCAGGUCAUCUUUUCUGCCCUUUUUGGCCUUCAGGGCAACAAGGCUGACGAGAGCCGCAUGUCCGUGCUAGGCAAGCUGGUGUCGAUGGCAGUCGCUGUCUGUCGGGUGCCAAUUCUAGACUGUGCUGCCACUUGGCUACAGCGCACACACUCUGCAUGGUGUGUUCGACUGGCGCGGGUAUUGGUGGAUGACUACUGUAUGUUGGUGCCCUGCUCCAUCUCCACCCUGCAGAACAUCUGCUCAGCCAGCCCUCGCUUCUGCUGUCAGCUCAUCUCUGCAGUCACAGCCCUGUACGAUCUCUCCUCAGAUGAGCUAACACCACCCCCUGCCCUUUUGGAGAUGGUGGUUGGUUGGAUCACAGAAGACCCCAGAUUACUCCUGCUCACCUUCAUCAACACGCCUCUUACAUCUAGUUUACCAAUCGGCUGCCUGGAGGUCACGCCUCUCAUGGGCCUCCUCAGAUGGUGCGUGAAGGCACCACUAGCCUAUCAGAGAGGCCGAAAGUCUACAGUGACCAAUGGCCAUGUGGAUACAGAGAAAGUGGGAGAAUGUGAGGAGCUGUACUCCAAACUCCACCUGAGUGUUCUACAAGUCUUUCUCAUGUUACAGGUCCACCUUACAGAACAGAAUCUGCUUGGACGGCUAGCUGUAUUGCAGGCAGAGUCUGUCGCUGUCCUUGUCGAGGAAGUGAGCCGUUUAGUGGACGAGCUUAACCCUCUCCAUGCCGCCAAUGAAAUCCAGCUGGCUCUGGAUAGGCUGGCCCAAGCCCUACAAGUCGCCAUGGCAACAGGAGCCUUAUUAUGUACCAGAGAGGACCUGCGGACUCUGUGCUCAAGAUUGCCUCACAACAAUCUGUUACAGCUGGUCAUGUCCGGUCCUGUCGUUCAGCCUCCACCGCACAGCGGACCCUUCCAGCCGAGCCUCUAUCCCUACAUCCAUCCCGCUCGGCCUUCUCCUCUCUCGCCCCACGCCACACACCAAGCAGCCCUGUCCUCUCCACACGCCGCCCACCCAGCCCUCUCUCCACUGCCCACACACCCAGCUCUGUCACCACAUCGCUCCUUAACACCUCAUACUGCGCACUCCCCCCUCCCACCACACACCUUCCAUCCUGCUGCCAUGGCUUUCCCCUACCGGCCCAUUCGCUGACCCAGCAAAGGGGUAUUGGACUUUCCAAGGUGGAGAAGAAAUUGAUUUAUGAGGGUUUGAAUUACCUUAGGGGUAAAUGUGGACAGGGAAAUGUCCUGAGAGGGUGUUCAAGUUUGAGAUUGAACUGUGGUUUUCUAUUUUACACAUUUACCAUAAACAUCCCGCGCCAUAUUUUCUCUAGGCACUUCGAAGAAUUGAAGCUAAUGGUUAUUCAUGUUUUUAUACCAAUUUGGAAUUGCCACAGAUUAAACACCUGUUUACUUUGGUUUGUUCAACUAUCUUUGUAGGGACUUUAAUAUUUGAGACAAUGAAUCUGUUGUUUUUGUAUAUUCCACAAAAAGUGUCCAGUUAUGUUUAAUUAGGAUCCUUUAAUAUGUGUCAGAAGACGCGAUGUAGCAGUGCUAACAGCUUUUAUACUUUUUCAGCCUUUCAUUUGAAAGUUUCAAGUCUUGAGUUUUUAAUAAUGUUCAAAACUGGGCUUGUUGUAACACCACAAAGCUCACCUGUUGUUUAGCAUAACAACAAACCUGUUUGAAAAAAAUAAAACUAAUUUGUAAUGAUAAAUAACUGUCAUUCCAGAAAAAAACACAACGCUGCUAGUUCAUUGAUAAUAAUAUACUUUUAAGCCUCAAUUGAACCAAUCAUGGAACUUAAUGACUUAAGCAUCACAUAGACAUAACGAGGCUAGACUUUCUGUUAGUUACCAAACUCCUGAGUGGAUAUAAAGUUGAAUGACAUAAAUUGGAUAAACAGAUUUAUACUUAAGUUUUAUGUGCCCACUAAUGGCUUUAUCACCAUUAAAGAUGUUCAUGCAGUUUAUAUACGACUGUUGUAUAUCUGUAAAAAAAAAAAAAUUGCUUUGGCUGUCUAGACUAAAA